UUGUUUGGUAGAAAAGCAGCAGAGGGGCAGUUUGGGGCUCCGACGGGAAACUAGGAAUUUCUUCUUUAUAAAUUUCGCCGACAAUUAAACGCUCUUUCUCCUUUCUUUUCCUUUUCAAUGCUCAGAGAAGAGAGAAAAGAAAAAGAAAAAUCCCAGUGAGAGAGAGAAAAGAAAAGAACGAAAAACCAAGAAGCUUCGAAACGAUCGUGUGAGAUGAACAAGUGCGAACUGUGCAAAGUUCCGGCGAGGAUCUUCUGCGAGUCGGACCAGGCGAGCUUAUGCUGGGACUGCGACGCUAAGGUUCACAGCGCCAACUUCUUGGUCGCGAGACACGCGCGAACCUUACUCUGCCGCACGUGCCGCUCUCCCACGCCGUGGAAGGCCUCCGGCGCCUCACUCGCCAGCGCCGUCUCCGUCUGCGACCGCUGCGCCGCCUCCGAAGAACCGGAAGAGAGUGAAGCCGGCAAUGACGACGAACCAGACACCGAGGACGACGACAACGACGACGAGGACGGCGACAAUCAGGUCGUGCCGUGGUCCUCCUCCCCGCCGCCGCCUCCGCCGUCGAGCUCCUCCGGCAGCGAAUGGUCGGAGUGCAAAAACGACGACGCUUCUAUUUCCGCCUCGGAACAGGAAACGACAACAUGCUCGUUGAAACGACAGCGCGAGGACGAUGAUGAUGCUUCUUCCGAUCGUGAUCCCAGGGUGUUGAGAAGGGUUGGGCGUCUCAACGGAGGUUGCGUGUGACGGAGAAUCGUCGUUGAAAGGAAGGAGGGAGUGGUCUGGCACACGACGUCGUUUCCUGAUUGGGGAAAGUAAGAUUUUCACAGCCGUACGAUCGACCAAGAUAUUUUUUAAGCUCUUUCAUCAUUAACUUCUAAUCUAACCGCUUAGAAGUUACAAUGGUUUUUGACAUAUAGGUUUAGUGUUGUGUAUUAACUAUUAAUGUGGAAUUUUCUGUUUUCCUUUAUCGGUUUUUUAAGAUAAA